AUGGCACGAUUGAAUGCUUCCAACCCAACAGUCCUCUAUGGACGUCAAAGUCCCAGCACUACAAAGACAACAUCCACAACCUCAACAUUCCAUAGAAGAACCAUACAAUCGCCACUAAAACCAAAGACCAAGCAAAAGAACAAAAAGAGCAAUGGGUUCUCCGAUUUCAAGAUCUUCGAAGAUGAAGAGCAGUCCAACAACGACGAAGGAGAAAGCGCCGAUCCGUUCACUGAAUCUCCACGUACAAACCAGAAAAAGCCCAAGGCACCGCUGAAUCUUACACAUUCGAAUUCAAUCACUUCGGGCCUAUCGAAGCGUGCAUCUCAAGAUAGUAGCGGUUCUUCGUCAAGGAGGUCACGAUCCGGCAGCGAAUCAGAGGAAGAAGAAAGUUCAGAUAAAGAGAACCUUUUCUUUGACGACGAGGCCGAGGAAGUGUCCGACAACCAAGAAGAAGAUGACGAAGAAGAAGAGGAAACUGGGUUGCACGAAGACACAACCCUAGAAACAGACAACAGGCUGGGAGAAGCUAUACAUGAAGAAAGAUUUGAGUCAGAGUCACAAGAGCCCAGUUUUAUGCGAUACAGAGAGCCAAAGUCAAAAGAGGAGUCAGAUAAUUCCGAGUCAGAAGUGAGCGAAGACUCAGAUGGGUACAACUCUCUAGAUAACUUCAUUGUCAGUGAUAAUGAAGACUUGAGUUACUACGAUGACGGACUCGUCGAAGAGGGAGAAGAGGAGGAGGAUGUCAAACCUCCCACCCCAAAGCCCACACGAAAAAGGCUCCUGAGGGGACGGAAACCUCGAGCUUCGAGCAUAAGCUUACAAACACAAAAACUCAACAUCACAAACGAAACUCACUCAAUGGCCACCACAAAGGCAACCCCGCCCCAUAAAUCUUCUCACAAGCAAACUCCUACACGCUUCUCCUCCCCAUUUACUCGCUUACUACCUAAUGAGGAACUUAACGAAGAAAGUGAGCCCACCAAGUACACCAACGCCAAACGAAGCCCACUUCGUGAGAGCAUCAACUCCAUUACAUCGUCUCCUGGAUCCACGAGAAAACAGCAAACGAACAAAAUGCAGACUCCCCCGUGCAGUCCCACGAAAGCAUUACGGCUAUCUCCGUCAAAAGCUGGAACCAAAAUACCACCAUCACCUCAUCGCCCAAGCUCUGAUGCUUUCUGGAGCCAGGAACUCACCAAUGCCUGGAAUGAUCAGUGGUCACCUCCCAAGCAGAAGACUAGAAGCAGGGCGCUAGCGCGUCUACGUGCCUUGGAGGAGGUCGACAAGGCUGAUUUCAGUGCAGACACAGACAACGUGCCGGUAGUCAAAGACUUGAAUGUUGGAACUCCCAGCAGGAGUCCUAGUAAAACUGCCAUCAAGAAGGCAGAGAUUGCCGAAAGAAAAGCAGUAGCAGCGCGCAGAAAGGAGUUCGACGACAGAAAAACCCGACUCGCACAGGAUUUCUUGCUAGCACUUGACGAGGCUAUUUCGGGUGGGAAAAUCAACGAACUUUCAGAGAGCACGGGAGGAGUCAAAAUCGAAUGGAGCAAGACACUACGCAGCACUGCGGGACGCGCCAAGUGGAAGCAGGAAAAGAUCAAACAGGCAGGAGGAGAUUUCAGAUAUAUUCAACAUGCCUCUAUCGAGCUUGCUGAGCGAAUCAUCGACGACGAGAACCGGCUGUUGAACACACUGGCACACGAAUAUUGCCACCUUGCAAACUAUAUGAUUUCGAAAAUUCGCGAUCAACCUCAUGGAACAAGCUUCAAAGAAUGGGGUCGAAAAUGCGUCGAGGCAGUCAAACGGCACCCCACCUACAAACACUAUCCCAUCGAAGUCACAACCAAACAUUCGUAUGAAAUCGACUACAAAUACGUCUGGCUCUGCAUCGACUGUGGUCACAAAUACGGAAGGCAUUCCAAGAGCAUUGAUCCAGCCAAAGCAAGAUGCUCUCUCUGCCAGGGUGGCUUGCAGCAAGUCAAGCCAAAACCACGAAACGUGUCGCCUAAGAAGAAGACACCUGUUAGUAAUGGACUCCACCAGAAGGGAACCGUAUUCGGAGAGAACUUUGAUGAUAUGUUGGAGAGUCUCGGAAAUGCCCAUCUGAGUUGA